CUGGUAGCCUCCUUAAAGGAGCCAACACCAAAUAUGUACGUACGUUUUGCGCCUCUGCGCCAAAGCCUUAAUCCGCCACUUUACACUUUCCGUUUUUCGGCUUAUCCCGGUUAGGGUUCGCCACAGCGUAACUCCGGUCCGCUAAUGAUGACUACUGUGAACACGGAGCUGAUCUGUUAGCGUGAAGCGCCUUCUUGCUAUGGCUUAUCUUUGUGCAGGGUACUACAAGGUGCGAGAAUCACAUCAGUUACAGUCGGUGCACUUAAAUGGGAUUUUUCCACAACUGUGCAUUUUUCUUAUUGUCGUGGUGGCAAGGGUACAUCAUGCUGCAUACUGUAUCCAGGAGGUGUUUGUGAAAUGAAAACAAUGUUUGAUCACUGAAGCUACUAGUUUUGCAAAGAAAAAUCACAGGUCCCUGCCAACAUGGCCAAGGAUGAAUAUGGGCAGUUUGUAGACUGGGACAAGAUGGUUUCUAAAAACCAGGACUCUGGACCCAAAGAAGUGUCAUGCACUGACAUGAAGGAACUCAAACAGUUUGCCAGACAAGGCUACUGGGCAAAAAAUCACAGCCUUAGAGCAAAGGUAUACCACAAACUGAUCAAACGCAUCCCUUGUCGGACCGUGACACCAGAUGCAGCUGUCUACUGGGAUAUAGUUGGACCAAUUGUGGGGGUGAAAGGCUCCCGACUGCAGCCAUUACCAGAGUUUGCAGAUGGCAACCAAGUUCCAAACUACUGUUUGAAUUCUGUGGGAAUUACUGCUGUUAGGAACAUCCUUAUGUGCAUUGCCAAUCAGUUUCCUGAUAUCUCCUUCUGUCCUGUCCUCCCUGCUGUUGUCGCUCUGCUAUUACAUUACAGCAAAGACGAGGGUCAGUGUUUUGAGUUGGUCUGUAGAAUUCUAGCAUGCAAUGAUCCUGGUAGACGUCUGAUCGACCAAACCUUUUUAGCAUAUGAGUCAUCCUGCAUGACCUUUGGUGACCUUGUUAAUAAAUAUUGUCCAAAAGCCCACAAACUAAUUGUGAGCUUAUCAGAAGAUGUCUUAGAGGUGUACUCCCAUUGGUUACAGUGGAUUUUUGGUGCACUUCCCUUUGAAUAUGUUGCCCGUGUUUUUGAUGUACUUCUGGUUGAAGGUUACAAAGUGCUGUAUAGGGUAGCACUUGCCCUUCUCAAAUUCUUUCAUAAGGUAAAGAUAGGAGAGUCGCUGGAGCCAGGCAACGUGAAAGCAGAAAUUCAGGAUUUUGUUCAAGGGAUGAAUAAGGUUGUAUCAAGCGAAAAGCUUUUGGAGAAGGCUUUUUCAAUACGUCUAUUUUCCAGGAAAGAGAUCAGGCUGUUACAGAUGGCCAAUGAAAAAGCAUUGCAGCAGAAAGGCAUCACAGUGAAACAGACAAGUAGAACAUGUCCACUGAUCCUUACUGCCAGGCAUGAGAUGUGCUUUGAAUCUGCAGCCCUCCUCAGAAGGCACAACGUACAGCUAGCAGUGCAUGCGGAGAACUUUCAGUCGGGCAUUGUCACUGCCAAGGAAAUGCGGGAGAUAUGGUCCUGGAUCCCAGAAAGAUUUGCCCUCUCUCAGCCAAUGCAGAUUUUUACCACAGCAGAACAUGGCUGCAGCCUUACUAGGUUUUACACACUUUGUGAAGGACAUGAACCCACUAUUCUUCUCAUUAAAACCAUCACUGGAGAGAUUUGUGGUGCCUAUCUUUCAACAGACUGGAGUGAACGGAAGCGUUAUGGGAACAAAUUACGUUUUUUUGGAACAGGUGAAUGUUUUGUGUUUAGGCUAAAGCCUGAAGUUGAUCGUUAUGAGUGGGUGGUGAUCCGACAUCCAGAGCUCGUUUCUCCUAACAUGGAAAAUAUGAGUGAGUCUCCUCCAGUACCAAGUGCUAUAUCUCAGGAAGCUUCUUUAGAUCGGCUAUCACCCUUCUUAGCUGCGCGUCAUUUCAGCUUGCCUACCAAAACUGCCUCCAUGUUCAUGGCUGGAAACAACGAGUCCAUCAUAAUUGGUGGUGGUGAUGGCAAUGCUUUGUACAUUGAUGCUGACUUGAACCAUGGAAGAACUUCUCACUGUAAUACUUUCAACAACCAGCCUUUGUGCAGUGAGACAUUCCAGAUUUCCAUUCUGGAGGUGUGGGGCUUCAAGGAAUCAUUAAACAGUUAAAUAACAAGUGAUUCAUCAUUACACUAGUUAAUAUAUCCUUCACAGAACACAUCAUAGUUCACUUCAAAAAGCUACAAUGGACCAGGCAACAUUGCCUUGAAAGUAACUGUCGCUGGGACCACUACUAAACAGUACAAAUUUUCUCCAUUACAUAUAAAAGGCAACUAGGAAAUGCAAUUUGUCUUAAAUUUCUUUUCCCCAAGGGCAUGUUUCCUCACUCAGAUUUAGAUAAUGUUGGUGUAAAAGCACACUGAAACAAUUUGCACUAGCUAGCUGAAAUAUUCUGAUUAAAGAAGUAAAAAGCA